AUAGGUCACUGUUAGUAACAAAAGUGCGGAGAAUGGAGGGGGGAAUGGAAAUAACACCGUCCAUCCCUCUGCACCCCCUUCUUAUGAGGAGGCCACGGCAGAAGACGGAAAGAAGGCCAAUUAUCUUCACACCUCUCCAUCCAACGUAUACCCCAGCUGGACACAAGAAGAUGCAGGGAACAGCCCCGGCUACGGUAGUGGAGCCUAUUCUGGAGACACCGAGAUGCUGACAUCAAUGAGCUGGGAGGAUGACCGAGUGCGCAGGUCAUUUAUUCGAAAGGUCUAUUCAAUCCUUUCACUUCAGCUUUUAGUCACUGUCUCCAUUGUGGCACUCUUUACCUUCUGUGAUCCAGUUAAAGAAUAUGUCCAGGCAAACCCAGGCUGGUAUUGGGCUUCCUACAUUGUUUUCUUCACAACAUACUUGGUUCUGGCCUGCUGCAGCGGACCAAGGAGGUAUUUCCCGUGGAACCUCAUUCUGCUGUGUAUCUUUACACUUUCCAUGUCAUAUGUUACUGGAAUGCUCUCCAGCUAUUAUAAUACCACAUCUGUGAUCCUAUGUCUUGGAAUUACUGCACUUGUCUGCAUUUCCGUCACUUUAUUCAGCUUCCAAACCAAGGUGGAUUUCACGUCUUGUCAUGGUGUUCUCUUUGUGCUUGUUAUGGUUCUUCUCUUCAGUGGCCUCUUCCUUGUCAUCCUAAUCCCUUUUCAAUAUGUGCCAUGGCUUCAUGCAGUCUAUGCAGCACUAGGAGCCAUUGUAUUUACCCUGUUCUUGGCAUUCGACACCCAGAUAUUGAUGGGAAGCCGACGGUUCACACUCAGCCCUGAAGAGUACAUCUUUGGAGCCCUCAACAUCUAUCUGGAUAUAAUUUACAUCUUUUCAUUUUUCCUCCAGCUGUUUGGCACAACCCAAGACUGA